AGGAGCAAAGAGUUAACGCUUUACAACAGGGGGGAAGUUUUCACUCUGGGUGGAAUUUGGACAAAGUUCCUGUCUAACAUAUUCCCUGAAUUCUAUAUACUACCAUCGGGGGAAAUAUACACGUUAAUACAUAUUUCAGAUUGUGUAAAUAGCAGGAUUACAUUCUGGAUAUUGGGGUAACAAUAUCAUAAUUUUGAAGACACCUGCGAUACAUCAGGUAUUCGAUUGGGAGGGAAGUGAUUGGGCGUUCACCGCUGGAAAGACUAAGUAUGUCAGAGUUGAGAAUCCUGACUCGCAUGGAUAUGUGGUGCCGAACUGGACCAGAACAUCUACUGCUGUCUCAGUCAGGCAGGAGACAACUUCCUGCUGUCAAUGAGCAACCCAGAACUGAGUUAGGUCUACGGUUCAUCCCUUGAGUCUCCUCUCCCCAGUCUGCUGUAUCUGAUUGUGUGACACUUCUGGUGGGUCCAGGUGGGGGGGUGAUGUGUUCCAGUAGCGGUCCAGACAGCUCCAGCUACGGGGGUAGCCGGUCCGGCUCCUCGUAUGCUCUGUGUGCCUUGGGGGUGGGGCUCAUAGCCCUGGGCGUCGUCAUGAUCAUGUGGACUGUGGUGCCCGGGGAUGCUCCCAAAACAACCAAGGCUCCGGGCAACUUCAGUGUUAUUGUACCAGUGGACCAUGCUGGGGAUGGAGAGAAAGACAGGGAAACAGCGAAGACCUCAUCAAUAGCCUAUGUGCUGGUGGGGGCGGGGGUGGCCAUGCUGCUGCUGUCCAUCUACCUGGGGGUAAGGAACAAGAGGAGGGGGAGCCAAAGAGGACAGGAGACACAGGUCCCCUUUGUGGACCAUGUGGCUGGGGAUGCAAGAGAGAUUGCAGGGGAGCCAGCACCAGCCUACGACGUGCCCAGCUAUGAGGAGGCGGUCACCAGUGGCCAGUACCCCAUACGCCAGAGCAACUUACGCCACAGCACCUCCCAGCUGCCUUCAUACGAAGACCUCAUCAGUGCUGUGGAAAACGAGGGGGAGGGACCAAGAGCAGUCACUUCAGAGGAGGUUCCUCCCACCACUCCGGCCCUGGAUCCCCAGCCCACCCCUGCCGCUGCAGCCAACCCCCCCACCCGCAGCAGCAGUCGGGCUAGCCGGAUACUACGGCCGCUCAGGGUACGCAGAAUCAAGUCAGAGAAACUCCAUCUGAAGGACUUCCGUUUUAAAGUCCGCAACCCUACUGAUGUGAAGGUGACCAUUGAACCCAUUACGCCACCACCACAGUAUGACGAUAAGAUGCCUGAGUUCUGACAGCGCCCUUGGGCUUGGGAGGACUACAAGCAUUGUUUUUCAAUGUUGAGUAAAACAACACUAUUGCUGGAUCAGAUGGACUUAUAAUAAUACCAUUUCUGGAAAGCAGAACCGUUAUAACAGAUGCUUUGUGAAUAUAGGCCCUGAACUCGCAUACCAUCUCAGAGUAGGAGUGUUGAUCUAGGAUCUGUCCAUGCAAUCUUAUUCAUUAUGAACUGAAAGGCAAAACUGAUCCUAGUUCAGAUCUCCUACACUGAGACAUUUUGUGGAUACACGGGCCUUGAGUCCAGAGGCCUGGCUGGGAGUCUUCUUCCUUCACACUGAGACCAAGACACUGUUGCUUUGAAUCAAGAUGUUUCUCUGCUCUAUCUUGACUUGUUUAUUGAAAUCUGCUUAAUGGCCUAUUUAUUCCAGGGCUUCUUUAUGUGCACUAUGCUAUCUGUUUAGAACACUGUGGCUGUGUUUUGAAGAUAAUUAGCUAUCAUAUUCUUAUCUUGUGCACGAAUACGUCUUGACAUCCAGAAAAUGUCCUUAACCUUUUCAGAUGGAAUGCAUAAAAUGGUGUCAUAACAGUGCCUUGGUAAUUGUAUUGUAUCAGCAGAUGUGCCUAUUAGGAAACAAUCCAUGUCAUCAGUUUGUCCCACACUGUGAUUGCUCAAGGACUACUGGAAACAAAUGCCCUAUGAAAAUGGUCAUUUCAUGUCAGUUUAUACAAAGAAUGGCACAACUUUUGAGAAUGUGUUUUAUAGUACUACUAUGUAGAGGACAUGCUGAAGCCAAGGAAUAAUGAAAUACCUUUAUGUUGACUGUCCUCUGUGUUGACGUUUGGGGAGUAUUGAAUGUGAAUCAUGAAAAUGCCCACUUUCUAUAACUGCAGCAACAAUGAAAGGGAAUAAGUGUUGUCUCGUCAGCUUUACAUUGAAGGGAAUAGCAGGUAGAAUACCCUGAAGUCCAAAUAAACUGUAAGACUUUACCUCUGCUAAUUUAUCUAAUUAACUAUGCACAUUUUUACAGCGUUGCAGAUUGCUUCAAGGUUUCUUUACUUAUGUGGGCCGUGAAUGAAUGUACCUUUCUAGUACUGACCCAGUUCACCUAACUACAGCCAUGUUUGGGAAGAUCAUUGGAGAAGCAUAAUGUUCUUAGAAUUUAGCAGCAGUUAUUUAUUAAAGAUUUUUUGUCAUCUGACACUGUAGAAGAAAAAAAUGACCUAUUGGCUCCCGAGUGGCACUGCGGUCUAAGGCACUGCAGUGCUAGAGGUGUCACUACAGACCCUGGUUCGAUUCCAGGCUGUAUCUCAACCGGCCGUGAUUGGGAGUCUCAUAGGGCGGCUCACAAUGGGCCCAGCGUCGUCCAGGUUAGGGUUUGGCUGGGGUAGGCCGUCACUGUAAAUAAGAAUUUGUUCUUAACUGACUUUCCUAAUUUUAAAAAAUGAGGGGGGUGGGGGUGUACUGUAUAUGUAGGUGACCAAAUUCAAUAGAUAGCACAGGAUGAAUGACCUCGGGGUCUGUAUGAAUGACCUCGGGUCUGUAUGAAUGACCUCGGGUCUGUAGAAUUGGUUUGCGUGUAUGCGCUUGUUUCUGUAUUGACACAAAUUUAAAUAAGUAAUGAAAUGUAUUGGGGUAAUUGUCUGUUUUUAAAAAGGUUAAAUAUCAAUGUAUUUAUUUUAACAUGUGCAAAUCAUUAUUUUGGGAUUCAUGAGAAAUAAAAUGGACUGAGUUGUUUGUGUUGUAUGGAUCAAAGAUGCAUCACAAUCUCACACUGAACAUUAAAUAUUUCAAGCUUGA